UGGGCGGUGCCGGGGGAAAAAGGCGACGGAGGCGACGGGGGAGGCGUCAGAAGUGUUUUGUGCCCGCACUGAGGGAAUGCGGGCAGCAGCCGCCAACAUGGCCGCCGCCGCCGGCACGCGCCGCCUAGUGAGGAUCGGCAGCCAGCUGAGGGUCCCGGUGCGAUGGACAGCUCAGGCGACAGCAGCCGCAGUGACAGAGAGCACGACACCUCAGAUCCAGCCAGAAGCACGGAAACCUAAAACAGGAAUCUUGAUGUUGAACAUGGGUGGUCCUGAACGGCUGGAUGAUGUGCACGACUUUUUACUUCGUCUCUUCCUGGACAGAGAUCUCAUGACACUUCCAGCUCAAAACAAAUUAGGCCCAUUCAUCGCCAAACGCCGCACACCAAAAAUCCAGGAGCAGUACAGCCGGAUUGGGGGCGGCUCGCCCAUCAAGAAGUGGACAGCGGUGCAGGGAGAAGGCAUGGUGAAGCUGCUGGACAGCAUGUCUCCUCACACCGCGCCUCACAAAUACUACAUUGGCUUCCGGUAUGUCCACCCUCUGACGGAAGAAGCCAUCGAGGAGAUGGAGAAUGACGGCAUCAGAAGGGCUAUCGCCUUCACACAGUACCCGCAGUACAGCUGCUCCACCACAGGAAGCAGCUUGAAUGCCAUUUAUCGCUACUAUAAUCAAAAAGGGGAGAAGCCAAAGAUGAAGUGGAGUAUAAUCGACCGAUGGCCCACACAUCCCCUCCUUAUUCAGUGCUUCGCCGAUCACAUCCAGAAGGAGCUGAACCUCUUUCCACCUGACAAAAGGAAAGAUGUUGUCAUCCUCUUCUCGGCUCACUCGCUGCCCAUGUCUGUAGUGAACCGUGGCGAUCCGUACCCUCAAGAAGUGGGAGCGACGGUCCAGAAAGUCAUGGAGAAGCUGAACUACUCCAACCCAUACCGGCUGGUGUGGCAGUCCAAGGUUGGACCGAUGCCCUGGCUCGGACCCCAGACGGACGAGGCCAUCAAAGGGCUGUGCCAGAGAGGGAAGAAGAACAUGUUGUUGGUCCCGAUAGCAUUUACGAGUGACCACAUCGAAACCCUUUAUGAACUGGAUAUUGAGUACGCCCAGGUUUUAGCAAAUGAGUGCGGCGUUGAGAAUAUCCGACGAGCGGAGUCUCUGAAUGGAAACCCACUGUUUUCCAAGGCUCUGGCAGACUUGGUCUGCUCCCACAUCCAGUCCAACGAGAUCUGCUCGCGGCAGUUAACCCUCUGCUGCCCGCUCUGCGUCAAUCCCGUCUGCAGGGAGACCAAAGCCUUCUUCACGAACCAGCAGCUGUGACCGGAGCUCCAGGAGACAGCAGGCCGGAUCCUGCAGGAAAACAGCCCCAGGGAAGCAGCGCGAGGGCACCAAACCGCUCGACUAACUCUUACAGGCUGGUAGUCGGGGAUGUUCACCUCACCUAACAGGGAGGAGAAGUCGACUUUUUGGGUUUAUUUAGUUUUUCUUUUGUUUUCUUGGUUUGAAAAGAGUUUGUAGGAAGUAGGGAAGUGAGGGCUUUUGUCCUGGGCGAUGGGAAAAGGUCCUGCUUGGUCUCAGUCAGACCGGACUUAACAUGAGCCCAUAAGUAUGCACUGAAAAACUUGCACACCUUUUGUACAAAUGAGCUUCUAUUUCCUAUGCAGGGAUUUAUUUGGGUGCAGGUUUGUCACGAGCACUUUAGUUUCAGCUUUCCAGGUCAAGCAUUUGUUUUGUUGAUGCUUCAGGUGCCACGGAGUUACUGAUUGUCACUUCGGAUGGCUCUGAAGAUCGAGUGGCUCCUAAUGCUUUUGAAAUACAGCAUCUAUUUUUUUAGAACAUAAAGAUAAGGCUUUGUUUUGUUUUCCUCCUGCCAGAAGCUUCCGGCCGGGGCUUAGCUGGGAUGUAGAACACACAGCAUUUGUUUAUGUCAUCUAGAAACAACGCUUCUUAUCUCCCGGAAAGCCUAAAAUGAGAGGAAUGAUAAACAAACUGUGCAUGUUUCAGAGCCAGCAGCGCACACGCUGGGUCUCUUUUAAACAAGAUGGCUUUCUAAAAUGAGCAUUAAAAAGGGCUUUCAUUGUUUAAUUAAGAAAAUUUAGGAGGUCAGGCUCGCUCUCCAGAAAGUUUCUGGAUGUGUGCUGUGCUGCGGGGUUUGUGGGAUGCCUACAGAAUCCCAUCGGUGCAGCUGCUCUGGACUAAUUGAUGUUGCUUAAAGGGACCUGGGAAGUCAGGAGUGAUUUACACCACAGAUGCUUACACAAACCUUCCUCAGAAGCUGGAUUUUGCUUGCUAGGCUUUGGCAGCGCUCGUGGGCCGGGAGCACACAUUCAUCACACAGCUAAACCUGCUUGUUUGUGACUCCUGGAUCCACUCCGGAGUGGUUUUGUAGAGGGAACCCCCUUUUUAGGACAGUUUUCCCUUGCUGUGAGCCGCCUCAGGGUUAGCCUUGGCGUGGAGAAGGUUUACUCUGUGUAUUUCGCACUGAAGCGCCAGCACUGCAGUGCUGCUCACGUGAUGUUUAAGACGCAGACGCUGUGCUGCUCGGAUUGAUUUCCUUAUGUAAUUAUGACGCACAGACAGUUUGAACCUCGGAUCCUUCCAGGGUAGGGUUGCUCUCAAAGAAAAGAGGGCCCUGUAGGUGCAGCAGGGGUUUAUCUUGAUCUGUGUCGGAACAAUUAAACGUGAGAUGCUAAGGAACACAGGGAUGCUGUGUCAGUAGCUGGUGGGCCACCUACUGCCCCGGCACGAUGCGAAUGCCACUGCUGAGCCCAUGGCCUGACACGCACUGAGGGCAGAUUGCUGUGAUUCCACUGCCAUCCUGCAGCUUCCCAGCACCAUUGUGGUGGGAUGGGCUCGGAUUCCUCCAGCACCGGCUCGUCUGGUGUUCCCACAUUGCUCUAGCAGAGAGAAGUCUUCCUCCGCGUACUGCGUUCCUGGGUACCUGUGCCUCUUUUAAAGCCCAGGCCUUUGGCUUCCAGAACCCCGCUCCGUGCUUUUAGCGCUGUUCCACAGCGGGAGAACCCGCAGGACGGCUUUUCCCCGUUUGUGGACACCAGCAGAGACCAGGCUGUUGGGUUGGAUGGGUGGGAACAUAGCAUGGCAGCCAAGCUGGAUGCUCCAGGGCCUUUGGUUGCCUUCUAGCCUUUAAGUUCUCAUUUGAGUCCAUCCCGGCACAUGGAAUACCCCAAUUCCCAUCGGCGCUGCAGGGAAUUCAUUACAUCUGUGUCUCUCUUCCCUCCCUUGCUCUGCUCUUGCUCCCUGCUCGCUGCCUUGGCAGGAAAAAGGCACGCAAAGCUGAUGGUGCCCUUGCUUAGGUGGAGUCAGUGGGGUUAUCGGGUGUGGGAAAGGGGAAAUCUUCAUGGAAGAGCUUGGAAUCAGUGUCCAAAAUCUGCAGUCUGGAAACACAGGCCUUAUGUUGGCCAGAGAACUUCCUUUCUCUGUUCCCGUUUCCCUGCUUGACACACGGGUGAGUGCAAAACCAUCUGAUUGGUGCCACCUUCACACUCACGGCUCUUUCCUGAAGGGAUUUUGACCUUCCGGUCCCGGUUGUGACGGGCACAGUUAAAGAGUGGUCAGAUGCCGACCAGGCUCUGCUUGUGGUCAAAAGGCACUUUGGAAUAUGGUAUUCUGAGUCCAGAACAGAGCCGUUGGUGUCCUGAGGGGCACGAGGUGUUUGCACAUGGAAUGUUUUGAAGGAUUUGCUCAGGAUUAGGCUGUGCUUGUGAUUUAACUCUUGCUUUUUCCCUUUCUGCUGUUGCGUUGCUUUCUUCUGGAGCUGAUACUGUCCGCAUUCUAGGAAAUGCGGUGAGCGUGUCCCGAAGCGGCGAGGUGAUGCUGAAAGGCCGCGCGGGCUGGGAUUUUCCUGGGAGUGUCUAAAAGCUCGCUUUAUUUUCCUUUUCUGCCACACCCAGAGGGUUGGAAAUCACUAUAAGAUGCAAGAAAGAGGGAAAUUCCUUCUCUUUUUUAAUGCCAGGUGUGUCCAAACCCUUGCUUUCGGUCCCAUGUACGCGUUCCCAGUUGAACAAGGCCUUCCUUUCCAUGUAACCUCCCUGUGUAUGAUUUGCCGUAAUGAUGGAAUUGCAAUUAAAGGUUUUGGAAGGAACCCCCUGAUCUGUGUCCUUUAAGAGCUGUUUCUGAUGGGAUCCGAUGUCCUUUCCUCCAUCUGGGACAGCGCUGAGCCUGACGGUGGCCGCUGCCCUCGAGGAGAUGACGUGUGGAUGAUGUGGAGGAGGUUGGAAUCCCACCUGUGGUUGAUUUAUUGCGUUCGCUAUUAACGGUCUCCAGGCAGCUCAUUGCUGACGGCAACAAUUAAGUGCUUGAUUGAUUAUUUUCUCGAGUUGUUGGAUACUUCGGCCGCUCCAUUAGUGAGCGCUCGAUGCUGGUUGUGAUGGGGGAGAUGAAGGGGUGGAAGAUGGGAAGGAGGGCAGUGAUUUUUUCCUUCCUUUCCGUGUUAUUUCAGUUGUGAGCUUCACUGUUAUAGAUGCAUGGACUGGUUUGGGUUGGAAGAGACCUUAAAGAUGAUAGAAUCGUGGAAUGGUUUGGGUCAGAAGGGUCCUCAAAGUUUGUAGAAUCAUGGACUGGUUUGUGUUGGAAGGGAACUUAAAGGUCAUGGAAUCAUGGACUGGUGGCUGCCAGGGCUCCUUCCCCCCACAGCCACACCUGCUGGGAAUGAUGCCGAGUCCGAAACCAAAGUUCUGCCUCAUCCCUUCUCCGUCUCCAUUAUCCUCUGAGCACUCAGGAGCGCCAUUACCUCCGGCUGAUUUAUGGCGAGGUUUCCAGGGGCUCUCAGAGAUGCUUGUGAAGACACAUUUGCUCUCCCCUGUGGCGAGGAAACCCUGACGCAGCGGCCGAGAGCGGGAAGGAAAGCAGAACCUGGCAGAAGCCAUUAUAAAUAGCAACCGCUCCCCAAGCGGCCUGAGAUGCUGGGGCAGCAGAUGCGGCGCCAGAAAGGCUUUGAAAGAUCUCCGAGCGCAACUGGAGGUUGCUCAGGGUUGCGGCUGCAGUGCGGCAGCAGGAGGGGGACCACGAGGGUGCCGGAGAGGGGAAGGGUUCCUGGAAGAGCAGGAGCUGCUGCGUUGGUGCUGUUGAUUUUGGCUGUGGGGAGUCGAUAAAUCUGCGUGAAGGGGGUGGGAGGAGCUGCAAGGAGAAGGACUUGGGGGUCUGGAGCAGGGAGAGCAGGGAUAGGACCCGGGGGAAUGGUUUUGAGCUG